AUGAUCUCUGGUUGUGCUUUGCGGAGACUUGCGCACCAUCUCGACAUCUUCCCGCCCUUCCUCGACCUUUUGCAGGCGUUCGGCGAGCGGACCUCGUCCGACAGUGAUUCGGUUGGCAGCCAUCGUUCUUAUACCCGUGGCCAAGCCUUCGAGUGCACUUAUCUGGUCAAGACUGCUGAAGAGCAUGGUCGUGACGAUGUCGAGGAUCCCUGGUCGAUCCGUCAGAUGGGCGUCUACUUUCAGCACGAUAGUCAACGAGAUACCAGCACGCUCAUUGUCAUCAACCCCUUGCGAAGCUUUCUACAUCGCCUGAAAGCCGCCCAGAACGAUACAGGGGGUGUGCCAGGAUGGCGCGAAAUCCACAGACUUGCGCUGUCAUGUUCAACACUUCCAUGGAAGGCAUAUGUCAGUCAUUUAGAGUCACAGAUGACCCAAUUGAAAACUAGAGCACACUUAUCGAGCGUCUCGGAGAAAGAACCAACAACUUCCUCGCCCGUCGUGAGGAUCGAAUUCGAGGACACUCAAGACGUCAAAGUCCUUGAAGACAAGCUAUACAAGAUCCGUCACAUCUUGAACGUGAACCUAAAAAUAUGCAAAGAAGUCGGCGACCUUUUCGGCAACAACGAGCUCUUUCAGCAUCCAGCUACAGUGCAGCCAAGCUCCUUAGGAUCGGCGACUACCAACUUUGUUAGAGAGAUGGAAGAGCAGCUGGAACGUGUGCUCACGCUCAAGCAAAGAACUGAAGCAGUGUCUGAUCUGAUGCAGAAAAUCAUUGCAUUCCGCGCUCUUGCUGCGCUCAAGACAAGUAGCUCAAUGUCUACUGAGAUAGCCCGUCUCGCGCAGAGUGACAAUAAGAUGAUGAUCGAUCUCGCUACCAAGUCACGAGACGAUGCGCGCACUUUGAAGACGAUCACAAUUCUGACCAUGAUCUACCUCCCAGCAGCUUUCGUUUCGGUAAGUCAAUCAUCAGGCGGCUGCGGCUGA